AUGGCUUCACUUGGUGCCGAGUGUACUUUUAUUUUCUACUCCAAUGAGUCAUCAAUAGAGAUCCCAAACUCCACAUUCACCUCCAGUACCAUUGCUGAAAUUAACCUACGAUGGGCUGAAGCUUUGUUACGGGGUCAAAGCGGGCUUAUCAUCAUCCCAGGAGGAAUCUGCUUCUUUGCAUCUUUGCUAGCCAGCCCACUAACCUUACUGACCAUUUUCACCAAAAGCAGCCUCCGCCAAGAAUCCAGAUACCUGCUGCUUAGCAACACUUUGCUCAGUGACUUGAUUUACAUGGUGAUAAACUUCUGCGUCCAGCUUUGUAACGCUUUCCAUCUGAGCUUAGCCAAGGUGGUUUGUGAGUUGUUGCUUUUCACUCUAGCGUCUUCAUGUUGUGGUGGAAUUAUGACAAUCACAGCCAUGGUAAUAGACACCUACUUAGCUAUCAACUGGUCUCUGCAUUAUAUCAUACUGCUCCCUCCCUCCAGGACGAUCAAACUGGUGAUCUUCAUAUGGAUCUUGGUUACUUUGCCGCAGUUUACCAUCACCGUGCUAAUGUUAGCUACACAACAGUCUCCAUUUUGCAAGCUGGGAAUGUGUCAGCUGGACUAUAUUUUCCUAAUUGUUCCAAACGGUGCUGUGCUUGCUCACCUUUUUUAUGGGAUGUUCAUUACCCUGUUGCUGUCAUGUGUAUGCUUACUGCUGGGCUGUCACUUCAUGUUGUACUGGAAGACGAGGAAUUCCAGGAUAUGGAGAGGGUUUACCUCCAGGGCAAGACUCACCUUUCUAAUGCACUCUCUUGUCUUCGUUUUUUACUUUGGUGCAAUGCUACUGAUUAUAAUUGAAAGGAUUUUAUAUUAUUGUGGCAUGAUUAAGUUCGAAAAGGGAACUUUCAUCACUUGGGCCCUGUCUAAUGUAAUAAUGAUGGGUCCAAAAGCCCUGGCUCCCUACCUGUACGCGAUAAGAUACAGAGAAUUAGCAAAGGCUAUCAAAUCUUUCAUCUUCGUGAAAGAUGUGCAUCAGAUAGAACCCUCAUGUUAA